AUGGCCCAUCAAGCCCUCAUCAAGGCCAUGACAGCCUACAUGACCGACUGCAUGUCCGGCUACGAUCCCUCGCACAAUCCAGCGCAUGUCCACCGUGUCGUGGCGCUCUCCCAUCGCAUCCUGCAAGGCGAGAUCGCCCGCCACGCAGACGCGGAGUCCCUCUACGACAAAACCAUCAUCACUCUGGCCGCGACCCUCCACGACAUCGGAGACAGGAAAUAUCUCCCCGCCAGCAACAGUAGUCAGAUCGACCCGAACCGGAUCGUUCAUGACGUGCUGAUUUCCCACGGCGCGGAUCCCGUGCUAGCAGAACGCGUCCAGACCAUCGUGUCUAACGUCUCGUAUUCCAACGAGAUCAGACAUCCUGACAAAGUGCGCGCCUUGAUCGAUACUGAGGGCUAUCGCGAGUUGGCCAUCGUGCAGGAUGCGGACCGGCUGGAUGCUAUUGGCGCUGUGGGGAUUGCGCGGACGUUUACCUUUCUCGGCGCACAGGUCUCAAAGAGAACGGCUAAUCAGCGGUGGGAAUUGGAUGAGUCCAUUGAGCAUUUUGGGGAUAAGUUGGAGAGGCUGGAGGGGAUGAUGAAGACGGAUACAGGACGGGACUUGGCCAGGGAACGGACGAGGAGGUUACGCGAGUUUAAGAAAUGGUGGAUCGAGGAGACAGGGGACUGUUUCUCUCAGGUCACGAUUUAA